AUGGAUGUUGACAGGUUGAACUACUUAUCGAUAACGGACAGUCCUGAAAUGGACGUGGGAUUCCGUUGGCAAGGUCAUGUGUUCUGGAACUGGUAUGCGCGCCAUCUGGAUGCUGUCGAUGUUGGAAAUUUACAUCGAAUCGCGCAGUUGGACAAACAGCUUGGCGAUUACCAGCUGGCAACAUGGAUGCUUCUAUUUUGUGCACUUUUUUUCUUUGCCAUCCUGGUUGGUUUGGCAUGUUACUGUACACGAAAGGAAGCAGAUGAUGAAGACUUGUAG